UAAUAAAGUUCUAUCUAUCUAUCGAUCUAAAUUCUGCAUAUUUCAGUUUUACUAUAAAAAACAAAGCUUUGACCGAAAAGGCAUAAAACCUUAUUUGUUUUACUUUAUAUCAACCUCAAGUUGAUAUAGAGAUUUACUGCAAGCAUUAAAUAAAAAAUAAUAAAAAUAAUUUUACUUAUUUUUUAACAUUUUAGUGACUGAGACCCUCUAUGCUCCCCAGGAGCCCUAAGGAUAAAAAAAAAAUCAUAUAUUUUGUUCUGGUUUGAAAAGGAAAAAUAUCAAAAUGGCCCCCGCAUGCUUAAAUUUUUCCGUGUGCGGCCCUCUGUGGAAAAAGUUUGGACACCCCUGCCUUAUGGUGAAAUCCCUAUAUUACUUGCAAUAGCUAGUUGAGAAAUAUUUGUUCAUAAACUAUUCGGCAAUUUGCCCACGCAUUUGUUCACAAAGUGGUGUCCUUCGAGAGUCACGUGGUUGUCUCACGUCAGAGAAUUUAAGUCCCUACCUUUAGUCAAAAAUGAUUUAUGGGGGGUCAUAAAUCAAUGAUAAAUCAAUGAUUUAUGAGGGGUCAAGGUCAAAGGUCAAUGAUUUAUGAGGGGUCAGGGUCAAAGGUCAAAGUCAAUGGUCAAGUUCAAAGGUCAAGUUCAAAGGUCAGGGUCAAAUGUCAAGGUCAAGUGGGUGUGGCUUACCCGGAAGAGGGUGGAGUUAAGACCUGCGGUGGGAGUGGUUAAACCAGGAAGAGGGUGGAGUUUUAAACAGAAAGAGGGCAGAGUUAAGACCUGCGGUGGGAGUGGUUAAACCAGGAAGAGGGUGGAGUUAAGACCUGACGAGGGAACAAAGGAGGGUUCAGUUUUUUAAGAAAGCCAUGUCAUCUGAGCAGCAUGUGACCAUAUAUUUGAUAGUUUAAAUGUUUACGAUCGUUUGAAACAACUUCCAGAUUUCGAUGUAUUGAUGGCUGGGAAUGUUACGUGUGGAGAUGUGGACAAGCACGCACUUCGCACACACACACACACGCACACACACACACACACACACACACACACACACACACACACACGCAGAGGAGGGGUACAAAAUGGCGGUGUAAGGCUUAGUCAUUAUUUGGAGCUUUAUACGUUAGCGUAAAGACUUUGUUCGAUUCGGUCAUGAUUAGUGAAACGCCUGUGUCGAUUUAUAAAAAUAAUAAAACUUACAUUGACGCUCCGCAAAAAAGUCGAGUGUUUCUAAAUCGUAUUCAGAUGCCGCCGACCGAGUCUUUGCGUGAGAAAUGGGACUUGGAAGCGUACGGGAUGGAGGGAUCUUUUGGAUUUGUAUUCAGAUAUGAAAUGGGGGAUAUCUGCUUAUUUCAGCUAAAAGAAAGAAGAGACGGAAGCCCUUUCUCGAUAUUUUCAUCGUUAUCUACCGUGGAUUGGGACGUUUUUGGUGGACACGCACACACACGCACACACACACACACACGCACACACACACACACACACACGCACACACGCACACACACACACACACAUUCGUACGCACACAUCGUUAAGACCAGAAGAGGGGACAAAGGAGGGUUCAGUUUUUACUGACCAGCCAUUUGACAGUUUAAAUGUUUACGAUCGUUUGAAACAACUUCCAUACCUCACGAAAACAUAUUUAAACAGAUGGAAAAAACUAUCGCAGAACACAGUGUAACCUAGCAACUGACCUUUACGAUCGUUUGAAACAACAGGUCAGUUUGGGGGACAAAGGAGGGUUCAGUUUUUACUGACCAGCCAUUUGACAGUUUAAAUGUUUACGAUCGUUUGAAACAACAGGUCAGUUUGGGGGACAAAGGAGGGUUCAGUUUUUAUGGAAGCUUGAGAAUGUCGUAUGAAUAGCAACUGGCCAGCCAUUUGACAGUUUAAAUGUUUACGAUCGUUUGAAACAACUUCCAUACCUCACGAAAACAUAUUUAAACAGAUGGAGAAACUAGCGCAGAACACAGUGUAACCGCGAUUUGCAGAAUGAAAGGUAAUUUCUUUUUUUUUUUUUUUUUCAUUCCUUGUAACACGUCUGUUUAAUGUUGCUAUAAUAAGUAUUUAUUCGAACUAAAAACAGUCGAACAUCGAGUUGAAAUUCACCCACCACCAAGGGAUCUCCUAACAGAGUCUCCAAUCCUUUUGUCCGAUGACGACGAAGUGAAAGACGAAGAACUUUGUUUGAUCGAUCUUACAAAGUUGGAAGAUGAUUAUCGAGAGGAUUCGCCGGAAGAGACCAACGCGAUCCCUUUAACCCAAUCGCAGUCUGAUUUUCCGUUUACAUCUCCUGCUCGCUGGUCUCCCUUAACGCUGGCGGGUCCGUCAACGGCCAUUCCAGGCAGAGGAGAAGGCUUGAUUGCGCCAAAGACUCCAGACAUCGAAUCCUUGCUCCGAGGGGAAAUCAUCGAAAACGACGGUGAAUGUCCAACAGGCACCCGCUGCAACAAACGCAGGAGGAAGCGUAGAUGCGCCCGCCAGCUCGACAAACAUGAUAGAAACAGAAGAAGGCUGAAACAGUACUAUCGUAUACUGGCUCGCACUCUCAUGAAGAUGGCAGACAUGAUUUGAUACAUACUGGUUUGUUAUAUCUGUUCCAUUCGAAUUAUUUUUUCUUUUUUUUUCUUUAGAGAAAUAUAAUGGGUGUAGUUCCAUCUGAAUUAGAUGUAGUUAUUGUAGAAGAUGAAGACGUUUGUAAUCAUCAUUUAGAUCCAAACAACCAGAUAGAAUGGGAACCAAACGAUGAUCCGUCUUUGCAAGAUGAUAUUAAUGUGUUAAAUUCAAACACAAACACACAAGCCUCUACACAGCAUCACGAGGUGUUGGGAGGGGCGACACCCUCGGGGGAAUGUUUGGAUUUUUCGGAGGUGGUGGGGGUCAUGCAGAACCAACCGUCAACGGCUGACCAAUCAAUUUCAAAUGAGACCCAGAGGGGUGAUGGGGUAAAUGUCUUGAGGAGGGAAACAUUCAACAAUAUACAACUAUCCAGCGUUUUAACUUUUCCUCAAAACAACGAUGUAACAGAUUACGCCACAUUUUACCGCGGAGUCUUGGGGAGCCUUAAAAAGCUGACACAGAUGGUAACUAAGGAAGCUAGACCCGACGAUAUCAUUCAAUUGGAGUUAUCCGGUGAAAGUGCAAAUCAACACACUUCAUUUACAUUUCGAAACGAUGCCGGGGCUGUGAUGAAUGCUUUUCAAGACGUGUUAGAUCUGUUGGUACAAUCAAACGUUGAAAUAUUGAACGAUGAAGAAAUACAGGUGAUGGUCCAGGUGAUACAUACACCCUCGAGGUGGUGUAAGAAGAAAAAUCGAAACCCUUUUGGAACAUGAAAUCCGCAGAAAAAAAGCUCGUUAUCUUUACAAUCCAUUAAACUCGAAUAAUCAACUAUGUUUUGCCAUUAGCCUAGCAAGUCUGUUACAUCCUGAAUUUACAGAUAGCCAGGCUGUGGCGGAGGCUGAAAAAAUACAGAGAAAAGCGGGCUUAGACGAACAGACUUCCGUCACUUUCAGUCAUAUUCGUGAAUUUGAAAAAGUGGUACGUCGUAAAAUUGUCAUACUGUACAGAGAAGAGGGCCAACGACCCCUCUCACGGUUCGAGACGGAUUACCCCAAAUCAGAAAAUCCGUUGUAUCUGUAUUUAUCUCAGAAUCAUUACAGCGGUAUCAUUAACAUUAAAGGUUUUUUGUCAAAACCGUACGUUUGUCACUACUGUUACCAAGGGUACGACAAACCCGACAGACACAAAUGCGACGGCUAUUGCUUGGUCUGUACACAAAACGGGUGUGUAAAAAUAGAGGGGAAAACUGUGCUUUGCAGGGAUUGCAACAUGUGGUGUCGUUCUCCUGCAUGUCUCCUCAGACACAGGGUAAAACACCGGGUUAUGGAAAAACUCGUCAGCAACUGCGAUCGGCGAGAGAAAUGCCUUAAAUGCAACCUAUUUUACGAUGUACCUGUGGCUACAGGUAUCGCUAAACACACGUGCCCUAAGUUAAAAUGUCAAAUAUGUAAAGAAGAGCUACCUCGCAGUGACUCAGAGACACCUGAAACGCGACAUCUUUGCUAUAUACAACCCCAACCACGUGAAGUAAACCACAAUGAUAAUAUCAUAUUCUAUGAUUUUGAGACGUUUGUCGAUGACGAUCACACUCACAUUCCCUUUCUAGUCUGUACCAAGACGCUGCAAGGAGAAGAGUGGUGUGCUUUUGGACUGGAUUGUGUUACAGUUUUCCUCAAUCAUUUCAGGAAACCUCAUUAUCUUAAAUCUACAUUUAUAGCCCACAAUUCGAAAGGAUUUGACGGUUACUUGAUUCUGAGAGGCAUGGUACAGCUGGGUAUAGCACCCUUAAUUAUCAUGCAGGGGAGUAAAGUUCUCUGUUUUAAAGACCCUGAUUUUUUGCAAAAAUACAUUGACUCGCUUUCCUUCCUUACCAUGCCGCUUAGCGCUAUGCCAAAAGCGUUAGGACUCGGUGAUUGCUGGUCCAAGGGGUAUUUUCCUCACAAAUUUAGUUCGGAGGAACAUUUAAAUUAUGUCGGAAAAUACCCCGCAAUCAGCAAUUACGGUGUAGAACGCAUGACACCUGUUGAACGCACCAAGUUUGAGACGUGGUAUCAAAAUGAGAAAAGCGAGGUCUUUGAUUUUCAAAAACAAGCGGUACACUACUGUAAAAACGACGUCAAUGUUCUUCGUGAGGGUUGCAUCAAAUUUAGAGCCGAGUUUACGAGCGAGACGGGUGUUGACCCCUUCUCCCGUAUCACCAUAGCCUCGGCCUGCAUGAAGGUGUUUGUGACUAAUUUCCUCGAGCCGCGUUCUCUAGCCAUACCUUCCCCGGAUAACUACCGAGGGUUGUGUAAAAAAUACUCACACACCAGCAUCCAAUGGUUAGAAUGGGAGUCGCAUCGUCGUGGUAUUUUCAUUCAGCAUGCUUUAAACAAAGGCGAAAAAUAGAUGGUGGCAUACUUUGUGGAUGGGUUUGCUAUAAUCGGUGGCAAACCAUUCGUCUGGGAAUUUCAGGGGUGUUUUUAUCACGGAUGCCCGACGUGUUUCGAACCCGGUGCUGUAUGCCCUUCGAGGGCAUACAGCACCGUUCGAGGAGUUGCACAAGGCUACCGAGAAAAAAAUGAAAGCGUUAAAGCGUGACCACAAGGUCAACAUCAUCGUCAUCAGAGAGCACGAGUGGAAUGAAAUGAAAAAAUCAAACCCUAGGGUAAUAGACUUUCUCAAAACACGCAAUUACCCCGCACCUCUCAUGCCUCGAGACGCUCUUUAUGGAGGUAGGACAAGCGCCUUUUGCUUGAGGCACACGGCGGGUGAGAACCAGCGUGUAUUGUAUGAGGAUGUCACCUCUCUCUACCCGUACGUCAACAGCGCAUUUCCUUACCCCCUGGGUCAUCCUGUCAUCAUCCACACGGAUUUUGACGAUGUUGGAAACUAUUUCGGUCUGGUCAGAGCCGUUGUUCACCCUCCUCGAGGUCUCUAUUUCCCUGUGCUACCCUACAGAACGGUCAAGGGUAAACUAGUGUUUACACUUUGCCGCACAUGCGCAGAAAACAAUAACCAGCAGGAACCCUGCGAACAUGAUGAGGAAGGAAGGGCAUUGACGGGAGUCUGGGUCACGCUCGAAUUCAACAAAGCUUUACAGUUGGGAUACAGAGUCGGUAAGAUUACGGAGGUGUGGCACUUUGAAGAACGGAGCGAAACCGUUUUUACGGGUUAUGUUCAAACUUUCCUAAAGGGUAAGCAAGAAGCUUCAGGGUAUCCCAAAGAAGCCGUCGAUGCAGAAAGCAGGGAAAAGUACAUUCGUGAAUAUCGUGAAAAUCAGGGAAUACAGCUGGAUGCUGAAAAAAUCGAACCCAACCCUGCCAAGAGACAAAUGUCAAAACUCUGUUUAAACAGCCUUUGGGGAAAGUUUGCGGAGAGGUGCAAUAGAACUCAGACCACCUUGGUGAGAAAAAGUGAAGUAUUUUUCGACUUUGUAUUUUCAGGAAAAUAUCAGGUUGAAUAUUUUUCCUUUCUCAACGAGCAAAUUGCUAUGGUGCAAUGGCAAUACAGUAAAAACAGCGUGGUGCUUCCCGGUAACACAAAUAAUGUAUUUGUCGCUGCUUUUACCACCGCUUACGCACGUUUGAAAAUGUACGGUUACCUAGAGGUGUUGCAAGAGAGAGUUCUUUACACAGACACCGAUAGUUUAAUCUACACGGUAAACGAGGGGGAAGUUUCUCUGGAGACGGGGUCCUAUCUAGGCGAUUUGACGGAUGAGUUGGGAGGAGACAGCAUUCACGAAUUCGUCUCCGCCGGUCCAAAGAGUUAUGCCUACCAAACCCUGCAGGGUAAAAAAACUGUGCUGCGUGCCAAAGGAAUCACUCAAACCCGCGAGUGUUGUGAGAGGGUCAACUUUGACAGCGUUAAAGAUUUGGUGGAGGGCUAUCUGGAGGAAGACAAAACAGGUGCGAUCUACACCCCUCAUCACCAAAUUGUUCGUGAUAAAAGGGGGUUCCUUUUAAAUAACUCGUCUUUCGAAAAAAAGUUUCGAGUGGUGUAUGACAAAAGACGUCUCUUUCCCGACGGGAAAACUUUACCUUUCGGGUAUUAGAGAGGAAAUGGAAAAAAUGGAACGAGUAGACUUUGAUCCCAGAUUUCAUACACCUUUUUCAUGCCUGGUUGUAGGACCUAGUGGUUGCGGAAAGACUUUUUUUGUAAAAUGUGUUUUGGAAAAUUGUGAACAUGUCAUGAAUUCUGUACCCGACAACAUUGUGUGGAUUUAUACAUCUUUCCAACCCAUGUAUGCUGAAUUAAAAAAGAUGAAUAAAAAAAUAAAGUUUGUUGAAGGAC